AUGGUCAAGCUUGAUUUCUACGAUUUUCGCAAAGCGGUAAGCAAAAUCGCAACAGAUGAUCUCUUCACCAAUUGGGAAGAAUAUCUUGCAAUGGCAGAGCGUGACUACAAACUCUAUGGCAAGGCGAAGAUUGAACUCAAGAUCGAAAUUUCGACACAACUGUGCAAGGAGCAAUGGCCUCGUGAAGAAUCAGCUCAAUCCAAACCCCCAAAGCAACUCCUUGAUGAUAGCAAUACGCAUAUCAAGGUGUUGGCUCAGUCAACAAAUGAACCUCGUAAUAUGCAUAUUGAAAGAGUUUCUCCUCCUGUCCCUGCAAAUCGUAAUGCGCAUGACGAAGCAACUGCUCCGAUAUCACGACAAUCAGGAAAUUCAGAUGUCGAACUGAUACGACCUCGAAAUACCUCUUACACGGCAACUCCUUCAUCAAGAUUGGCAACAAAUGUAAGCGUUUCGCCAUUUGUUUCUAAUGGCGAAUCUUCAGCAAACACUUACUCGGUAACACUACCCGUGAGCGAGGUCAACAUCCCUCUCCACGGUCGUGUGCUCAAGCAGAAAAACUGUUUCCAACAUUGUGCAAAUGUGGCAAUCCCUUAUAGUGACCUAGAUGGCCCAAGAUGGAGCAAUUACCGUUUGGAUUUGACCUCGGUGGUGAAUCUUCAAUACUGCCAGCUGCAACUCAAACGUGUAACUUGUGCACAAUCAAGCGAGUCGGACAAGUUACGGACCAAGUAUUGCAUCAUCUGGCCAACCUACAAGCCCAAAUUUCAAACUCCAGCAAUGCUCGAGGAGGUCCAAUACGUGGCACGCUUCUUGCAUUUAUUGCAAGGUCAAGAGCAUUUUCCGAGGGCAGAGAACAUUUGUGAUCGAUAUAAGCAAUUUGAAAAGGCCCAUCCUCGCCACGGUGCCAUUUUCACGAAAGUGGGCAGGAGAAGUUUAUCAAAAGGUGGAUAUGUGGGAAAUAAAAGCCGCAAGCGUCCACGCGGAGAUGAAGGUAAUGAGCAAGAUAGAUCAGGUACAUAUAGCAAUUGA